AUGGCUUUUCCCAGCGCAAAACAAUUCUCGCCUCGUCGUGAAUGUGGCCCAAUAGAGGCUCAGAUUGCUGCCACAAGACCGUCUGGACCAAAAUCGCCCGAUGUCGAGUUCCCGAUGCCCUAUAAUGGGCUCCCAGUAACAGCACACACCUCGAGUGGUAUUAUUGCAUCGUCGAAUGGCUCGUUGCCACGUCCGCCUUCUUUGUACCGCGAAUGGGAUCAUCCUGCACGCCUCCCUCCAGAAGUCCUUAGACCAAACUACGACUUCGGAAAGCCCGACAACACGGACUACUUAGUGGAAAGAAACGGCCGACGUGCAACAGACAAAUUCAAAGGCAGCACUCGUUACCACUCGCAGAGACGACCAUCCAACCGAGAUGAAUUCGAUGGUCCACAUCAGCUUCUGGAAAUUCCUUCACCACGCAUCGUUGCGGCGCAGGCAAGGGACUUACCUCACCUUCCUACUAAUCUUGAUGUCUCAGAGCAAGACCGCAUCUUGAGCGCGGUCAAUGACCGAUUGUCGCAGUGCGCAUUUGAUUUUGUUGCGAAGUAUCAGUUUCCGAUUCCGCUGGAACCGGACAAAAGACAGGUGAGGGUUCCCUCAGACCGUGAAUGGACUGAGUGGGUAUAUCUCCUAAAAAGGUUGGCCACCAAGCGCCGCAUUCCCGCCAGGGUCCUCUAUAAUGGCCAAAUCAAGCAAUUAGUGACGGUCCUGGAAAAUUCCCUGGAAAUGAGACAUGCUGCCAAACAUCAGUCUAGACCCAUCAAGGAUGACCGAAACGUACUCCAGCUCAUUUCAGCCGGGACUCAAGUGGCGAAAAUUUUGAAAGAUGCCAAUGCUAUGGAUUAUUUGGACCGUCUUUAUCUUGACACGGAGAAACGCAUCCAUGAUCGACGCAGUCGUCGGGUGAAAUUCGCCAGCCCUUGA